AUGCCGCCAGAUGCUACCUCCAGAUACCUCCAAAUACCUCUAGAUACCUCCAGAUGCUACCUCCACAUACCUCCAGAUGCUACCUCCAGAUACCUCCAGAUACCUAAAGAUGCUACCUCCAGAUACCUCAAAAUACCCCUAGAUGCCUCCGGAUACCUCCAUAAGCCUCCAGAUAAAUCUAGAUACCUCCAUAUGCUACCUAAAGACGCUACCUCCAGAUACCUCCAGAUGCCUCCAGGUGCUUCCUCCAGAUACCGCCAAAUACCCCUAGAUGCCUCGCGAUAUCUCCAGAUACCUCCAGAUACCUCCAGAUACCUCCAGAUACCUCCAGAUACCUCCAGAUACCCCCAAAUACCCCCAGAUACCCCCAGAUGGCUCCACAUACCUUCAGAUGCCUCCACAUACCUCCAGAUGCCUCCACAUACCUCCAGAUACCCCCAGAUAUCCCCAGAUACUCCCAGAUACCUCCAGAUACCCCCACAUACCCCCACAUACCUCCAGAUACCUCCAGAUACCCCCAGAUACCUCCACAUACCCCCAGAUACCCCAUAUACCUCCAGAUACCCCAGAUACCUCCACAUACCUCCACAUACCACCAGAUACCCCCAGAUACCCCAUAUACCCCGAGACACCCCCAGAUACUCCCAGAUACCUCCAGAUACCCCUAGAUACCCAGAUGCCCCAGAUACCUCCAGAUACCCCAGAUACCCCCAGAUACCUCCACAUACCCCCACAUACCUCCACAUACCUCCAGAUACCCCAGAUGCCUCCACAUACCUCCACAUACCACCAGAUACCCCCAGAUACCCCAGAUACCCCCAGAUGCCCCAGAUACCCCCAGAUACCUCCAGAUACCCCUAG